GCACACUACUCCUUCUUCUUUCUUCCUUUAUAAUCAUCUCUUCUUUCCCUUCUUCCUCAGGGGCUUGCUCAAUCCAAAGCACUCCACAUUUCCCAAAAAAUCUCUCAAUUCCCACCAAUCACCUCUUCCAUAUUCCACAAUAUCACACGAUAAUUAGUAGUAUCAAGACGUAUAUAUCAAAGCUCAGUGUAAAAUUAUCAUUCGCGAUAUUUUCACCAAUGGCGUUGCCACCUGACACUAGCAAAACUACAAAGCUAGAGCGCUACAACAGCUAUAUUCGGCGAGUCAAUAGCACAAAACUCAUAGCAGCUUCAUCCAAACUUCUAUUUCGUGUCACUCUAUUAGUUGCCCUUUUACUUAUUUUCUUUUUCACAAUAAAUUACCCUCCAUUAUCCCCCGACAACAACACUUCCCACAAUAACAUUCACACCACUACUCACAACCUCUUCUCCUCUGCCUUCUACGGCGGAGGAGCAUCAUGGGAGAAACAAGUCCGCCACUCCUCGACCCCCCGCCGCCCCAACGGCCUCUCCGUCCUAGUGACAGGAGCGGCCGGCUUUGUUGGGUCCCACUGUUCCUUAGCAUUAAAGAAACGUGGUGAUGGUGUUCUUGGGCUGGAUAAUUUCAACUCUUACUACGACCCUUCAUUAAAACGUGCACGUCAAAACCUACUAUCCAAACAUCAGAUUUUUAUCGUUGAAGGUGAUAUUAACGAUGCUGAGUUACUCAAGAAGCUUUUCGACAUUGUUCCUUUUACGCAUAUUCUUCAUUUAGCUGCACAAGCUGGUGUUCGUUACGCAAUGCAAAACCCUCUGUCUUAUAUAAACUCAAACGUAGCGGGAUUCGUUAACCUGUUGGAAGUUGCUAAAGCUGCUAUUCCACAACCUGCAAUUGUUUGGGCUUCUUCGAGUUCAGUUUACGGGUUAAAUACUAAAGUACCAUUUUCUGAAGAGCAUAAAACAGAUCAACCAGCUAGUUUAUAUGCUGCAACAAAAAAAGCAGGUGAAGCAAUUGCACAUACAUAUAACCAUAUUUACGGUCUUUCAUUAACAGGGUUACGUUUUUUUACUGUUUAUGGACCAUGGGGUAGACCAGACAUGGCUUAUUUCUUUUUUACUAAGGACAUGGUACAAGGUAAAUCGAUAAAUGUAUACGUGACACAAGAUGAUAAAGAAGUGGCGCGUGACUUCACGUACAUAGAUGAUAUUGUGAAAGGUUGUGUAGGCGCGUUGGAUACAGCUGAGAAGAGUACAGGUAGUGGUGGUAAAAAGAAAGGUCCAGCACAAUUAAGAGUUUACAAUUUGGGUAACACUUCACCUGUGUCGGUAAGGAAAUUAGUGGCUAUUCUUGAAAAUUUGUUGAAUGUUAAGGCUAAAAAGAAUGUUGUGAAAAUGCCACGAAACGGUGACGUUCCGUUUACUCAUGCUAAUGUGAGUUUGGCGUUAAGGGAUUUUGGUUAUAAGCCUACUACUGAUUUGUCUAGUGGAUUGAGGAAAUUUGUGAAAUGGUAUGUGAGUUAUUAUGGGAUUCAAUCAAGGGUAAAAAGGGAAAAUGACUCACCAAAUUCUGAAGAUUAGAAAAGAAAGGAAGUGUCUUUAUGGAGGAGGGGAGAAGUAGAAAGACUAUUUUACCCCCUCUUUCUAUAUUUUUUUUUUCUCUUGAUGUAUUUGGAUCAAAUUAUGUUUACUUGUUUAUUUUUUAGUGGUAGGAAUAGAAUUCUAUAUUUAUAAAAAUAAGAAAAUCAGAGAAGGGUGGAAAGGGCAAGUGUAGAUCUAUGAAAGUUGGGCUGUAAUAAUGUAAUUUUUUAAGGUAUUGUUGGAUGUAGGAUUUAUGCCAAAAAAAAAAAAAAAACAUAGAGGUUGGUUUUCUGUGCAAAAAAAAAGAAUUGGUGCAGACCAGCCACUCCAUCAAUCACAAUUGUAAUAUUUUGGAAUAGCAAUGAUGAUUACAUCAAGAUUCUCCUG